UGCCGAGGUUGAUGAUUGGUUGGAACGAUAUGAUGUUUGAAGGUGACAUCAAUGUUUUGUGGGGAACCGUUGAACCCAGCGUUGCUAUUAUUGGGUCUAUGUGCCACGUCAUUCUUUGUGAGUAUGUGGAUGCACAACGUGGCAGCUGCUGUGAUGUUGAUGCCGGUGGCUACAGGACUGUUACAGCGACUUCCUCCACCGUCGGAGCAAUCGGAGUUGGUGAACAAGUUUAGUAGAGCGGUGGUUCUGACGGUGGUGUAUGCGACCCCAAUUGGAGGGAUUAGUACUUUGACUGGGACAGGUGUCAAUCUUAUAUUGGUUGGAAUGUGGAAGAGUCUUGUCCCUGGAGCGAAGCCAAUUAGCUUCAACACGUGGUUCUUCUUUGCUUUUCCUGUCGCAUUUCUCUUCCUCAUGUGCUUUUGGGUAAUUAUCUGCUGCAUCUAUCUAAGGAAGGGUUCAGCUACGGCUCUUUCUUCUUAUUUGAGCAAAGCCCAUUUGAAGAGGGACUUACAAGCUCUCGGUCCCGUGUCCUUUGCCGAGAAAAUGGUGUUGUCAAUAUUUGGGCUGCUGAUCAUAUUAUGGAUGACAAGAAGGAUCACAGAUGACAUUCCCGGAUGGGGAUCUUUUUUCAAUGGUCUUGUUGGUGAUGGAAGUGUCAGUGUUAUGGUGGCUGUACUAUUAUUCAUAAUACCAAACAGAAAAAAAGAAGGGGAAAAGCUAAUGGAUUGGAAUGAAUGCAAAAAAUUACCUUGGAACCUUAUUUUACUUCUUGGAGCUGGUUUUGCAUUAGCUGAUGGAGUUCAAUCUAGUGGCCUAGCUGAUGUUCUUUCCAAAGCCUUAGAUUUCUUAGAAGAUGCACCAUACUUGGCCAUUGCUCCAGCAGUUAGUCUUAUAAGUAGUAUUAUUACUGAGUUCAUCACUUCUAAUGAUGCAACUGCCACACUUAUUAUUCCACUUUUGUAUCACAUAGCUAGGACUAUGCAUGUGCAUCCUCUUCUUCUUAUGAUCCCUGGAGCAAUUGCAACUGAAUUUGCUUUCUGGCUUCCAACUUCAACUCCCUCAAAUGUAGUUGGAUUUGCCACUGGAAAUAUUGAAAUAAAAGAUAUGCUUAAAGUUGGUGUGCCACUUAAGGUUGCUGGGAUAGCUGUCCUCUCAUUUCUCAUGCCAUCUCUAGGAGCUUUUGUUUUUGGAAUAAAUGAUGGUAUUCAAUGGAUGCCAAACAAAAUCUCUCAUUGGUUGAGAAAUUGAUUUCUUCUUCAAAGUCUACCAUGCUUUAUAAUUUUUUGGCGUCAUUUAAUUAUGAUUGAAAAUUUGGUGCAACCGUACUUCUAAUGACCAGAACAUAGAGAGUGUGGAUAGUCCUGGUAUAUAUAGAUAUUCACAGGCAAAGGAGGAGGGAUAUAAAUAUACUAUGUCUAUUUGUUUAUUGAUUUAUUUCUAUUUUUAAGUCAGUUGGAUGAAGAGAUUUUAUCAAUUUCUUUUGUAAAAUAUUUUCCUUCUGUAGAAGAGUGAUAUUGUACUUAAAUUGUCUAUAAAUUGUGACUUUCUCUGUUUUGUAGCUAGUUUUAUACUUCUUCUGUUGUAUUAUGUCAUGAAUGUCGCAUGUGAGGAUGAAUUUGGUAAA